AUUUGUUUAAACUGAGAAAACAUUUGCAUAUCACGGAAUCUCACAGUAUAAGAAUGUACAUUAUAAAGGAGAAUGUUAUCAAACAUCUUUAGUUAGACGGGAUCUAGAUCGUAGACAGAGAAGAGAUGGGACAAAUGGAGAUCAAAAGGUGAAGAGUCGUGUGAGUGGUCAACAGUUUUAAUGAUUUGAUAUGUUUCAUGUAUAAUACCGGUUUUUAUUUUUGAUUUGUGGAAAACAUGACCCAAAACUUCAGCCUUUCAGUAAUAUCGGACGACAAUGGCGUUAAAGCCCCUACCCCUAAGAUUACGGAGGUUACGGUGCCCUGCUGUGGGGCCCCCCUCCCAGCGGAGGAUUCCCAGGAGGGUAUCAGUGACAUAGCCCGCCAGCUGGAAUACCGUGUGGCCGAUGACCCUCCCAUUCAUCUAUGCUUUGUGUAUGGAUUACAGCAAGUCCUGCUGAGCAUCAGUUCGACGAUUUCCAUCCCUAUUAUCGUCAGUCGUUACAUCUGUGUAGGGGACAUGGAGCUCGUGACGGCGGAGAUCAUGUCCACUUUCCUGUUUAUGGUCGGCGUGUGUACGUUCCUACAGUGUACGAUCGGCGUCAGACUUCCGCUGAUACAGGGCGGCUGCCAUAAGUUCCUUCCCGCCAUCUCGGCCCUGAUGAGCAUCCCAAUAUGGAAGUGUCCAGAAAUCCAAGCCUCGUCAUCGGGGAACCUUACAAUUACCAACAGUAGCAGUAACGGCACCUCGCCUCCUGUGUACGACCCUACUGAAGUAUGGCAGUCACGUAUGAGAGAGAUUCAAGGUGGGAUAAUGUUGGCCUCACUAACACAAAUUUUGAUUGGUGCCACUGGGCUGCUGGGCUGGCUUUUGAAGUUUAUCGGACCACUGACAAUCGUGCCUACUAUCACGCUGGUCGGGUUGUCCCUGAUAGACGUCUCCAUUGUGUUCUGUGAGACACACUGGGGCAUAGCAGCUAUGACGUUAUUCCUAGUUAUACUGUUCUCUUUGUAUCUCGGAAACGUAUCUAUUCCAAUGAAGGUCUACCAGAGAAAGAAAGGAUGCGUGUACAUCAGCUACCCGGCCUUCAAACUGCUCCCUGUUAUAUUGGCCGUACUGAUAUCUUGGCUGGUAUGUGGUAUCCUGACGAUCUCUGGCGCCUUCUCUGACAAUCCUAAGGCUCUGGAGUAUCAGGCGAGAACGGAUGCCAGUGUUAAAGUCUUACACAACGCCAACUGGUUCUUCUUCCCAUACCCAGGUCAGUGGGGACUGCCGACAGUAAGUGCAGCAAGCUAUAUGGGUAUGAUGGCAGCAACAUUAACUUCUAUCAUUGAAUCUGUGGGCGAUUACUACGCAUGUGCACGGAUAUCCGGCGAAUCACCGCCGCCUGCACAUGCUGUAAACAGAGGCAUUGCUAUAGAAGGCUUUGGCAGCCUAAUCUCAGGAGCGGUGGGCUCAGGGGGUGCAACUACUUCUUACAGUCAAAACGUUGGUGCUAUUGGUUUUACUAAGAUUGCCAGUAGAAGAGCCUUUCAGGCAGCUGGAAUUAUUUUUAUCCUGUGUGGAAUAUUUGGUAAAUUUGGCGCUCUUUUGACUAUGAUGCCAAAACCAGUUCUGGGAGGUAUUGUCGUCAUCAGUUUUGGAAUGGUGACGUCAGUGGGUUUAUCCAGUUUACAGUUUGUGAACUUGUCGUCUGGAAGAAAUCUCUGCAUUAUAGGACUUUCACUGUUGCUAGGACUUAUGAUUCCCAAUUACCUCAACAAACGAAAAGGGGUCAUAAACACAGGCAAUGCAGAAGCAGAUCAAGUGAUACUCGUGUUACUGAGUACGUCGAUGUUUGUGGGAGGGGUGGUGGGCUUCCUCCUAGAUAACACGGUGCCAGGUAGCCGAGAGGAGCGAGGAAUGCUGAAAUGGAAGAAGCAGGUAUCGUCUGACUCAGCAGACGACAAGAGGAGAAGACUUCGGGUGUAUGAACUACCCUACGUCACGGACUUCUUGUACAGGCAUAACAUUUUCAGUUACAUUCCAUUUCUACCAAGUUUCAGGGCACGCCGUCAUAAAAAAGACACUCCCAAGGAGUGCAAAAAAUGAGGAUGUGUUGUGAUGACGAGUAAUGACUCUGGAAGGGUGGAAGAUAUACAAUACAUGUUUAAAAACUUAAUCCUUGUCUUCCAUAAAAUUAUAUAUAUUCCAUAAACAUGUGCUUGGUUUGAGAAAUUUAUAAUUCUUCAAACAAUUUACAGGUUAUCAGUUUCAUUGAUUAGUAAACACUUUUAGUGUAUAUUUUCUGAUAUAUUUUUAUUAUAUGUAUCUUUUCAGCAUAAUAAAACACUUGAAAGAUUUAA